AUGGCGGAACCUACGCGUACUGAAAAGUUAGAAUUAAAGUUAAAGACAUUGCAGUUUAAACGAGAUUAUCUCUUUACGAAAGCACAAAAGUUAUUUGAUUUGUCGAGAUCUAUUAAAGAUGAUACUAAUAAGAUGCAAGGUUUUCUUGCACAAUUUGCCGAGUUAGACGGUGUCAGAACUAAGUUCGAAAAUACUGUUAUGGAGAUUUUAGAAAUUGACAUGCAACUUAAACCGGGUAUGAAAUUAUCUACGUCCCAAUUAGAUGCCUUUGAGACGUUAUACGAUAAUUGCAAUCUUGUUGCUCGAAAAUAUCAAGCUAAACAGUUGCGCGGUAGUUCGGAAAAAAAUAAUAGCGAGUUAGCUAAGCCGUCGCUUCCUAAGUUGACCUUAUUUGAAUUCAAUGGUGAUAUUGAGUCAUGGACAACCUUUUAUGACACCUUUUAUUCGCUCGUGCAUAGCCGAGACUUUGCAGACAUCGAUAAAUUUCAUUAUUUGCUUUCGUGUGUCAAGGGCAAUGCUCUUAAUAUUAUUAAAAAGUUACCUAUCACUGCAGCUAAUUAUCCGCUAGUGUGGCAAAGCUUAGUUGAUAAAUAUCAGGAUAAUCGUGCGCUAGCGGGUCGAUAUUUUGAAAAAAUGUUAAACUUUACUCCGUUAAAUAAAGACACAAGCGCAAACCUUACUUUAUUUAUAGAAACAUUCGAUCAUUCACUUAAAGCGAUUCAAGCGCUUGAAAUUGAUAAUCUAGACGACUAUUUAAUUUGCCACCUCGCUUUGAGAGGCCUUGAUACGCAUACUAGGAAGCUAUUUGAAGAAAGCCGUGAUCAGAAGGACAUUCCUAAGUUUAGCGAGUUAGUGGACUUUGUUAAUAAACAAAUUAAGGUGUUAGACCACACUUUUCCCCAGUCGUCUUCAAAUGUAGCGAAAACGAAACAGGGUAGCAAUAAUAUUAAUUUGAAAGGUACUCAAAAUUUGUCUUCGCGCCAAAAUUCAAAAUCGGUUCUUGCUACCUCGCGAGUUAAUAGGCCGAAUGACGAAAAUAAACUAAAAUUAAUAUGCCCUCAUUGCAAUCAAAAUCAUAUGAUUUAUAGGUGCGAACCUUUUAGAAAAUUGUCAGUGGACGAUCGAAUUGACCGUGUCAAUUCAUUAAGACUUUGCGGGAACUGUCUUAAGUCCCAUGAUAAAUCAGUCUGCACUAGUACUUGGACCUGUGGGGUCUGUGCAGCACCUCAUCACUUUCUUUUACACAAAGAUAUGGGCCGCGCGAGUCAGGUCAACACUUCGGCCGUACCGAUAAAACCACCCGCGCAACCCACCACGUCGCAAGCGCAGCAAGCGCUCGUGUCGGCUCGCUCCGUGAGUGACUCGACUGCGACGCAGAAUGUACUGUGUUCGAAUGCGGAGAACCAAUACGGGGUAGUUUUAGGGACUACGCGGACUCACAUUCUCGAUAUUCGCGGACAUUAUCAGGACUUCAGAGCCGUAAUUGAUUCCGGAGCACAAACUUCGUUUAUCAGCUCAGAAUGUGCCCAACGUUUGGGACUACCUCGUAAGAAAUGUCCAUUUUCUAUUUCCGGCCUUGGCGGAGAAUAUAUUAAAAAUCAAGGCAUGGUAACUUGUACCAUAAAACCGCGGCGUCAGGACCGUCCAACCUUAAUAGUGGACAUGGUCGUAGUAGCUAAGGUUGCUUCGGAAAUGCCUAACGUCAACUUCCCGUGUGACGUUAUUAAACAAUAUACCCGCUUUAACCUAGCGGAUCCAAAAUUUUACAAAAGGGCUCGAGUAGAUAUUUUGUUAGGUAACGAUGUCGUCUCGGAAAUUAUUAAAAGCCAGCCCUUAUUUGUUAAUGAUAAAAUUCCUAGUGUAAUCGAGACUGUAUUUGGUUCCGUGAUUAGCGGUAAACUUAUUAUAGAUUCCAAAGAUCAACUUAACGGUGCGGCACAAAAUUAUUUUUUAUCAAUUACGGAGGAUGAGUCACUGGACAAAACGUUACGUGCCUUCUGGUCUAUCGAAGAAGUUCCGUGCACACCUUCGAUAAACCCCCUCGAUCAGUUAGCCGAAGACAUCUUUGUUAAAGAGCACUCGCGGGAACCGAGCGGCCGUUACAUAGUGCCGCUUCCCCGCGUGCCGAAUCAUCCGCCACUCGGUAACUCGCGCACCGCGGCUGAGCGGAGAUUGUUGCUCACGGAGCGCAGGCUUGCGCGCACACCGUCACUGUCGCAGGCGUACGCCGCGUUCAUGCGGGAAUACGAGGCGCUCGACCACAUGGAGCUAUAUGUAGGCGCGGCGCCUAGUAAAUAUAUAAUCCCUCAUCAUAAUAUAUUGAGACCGGGUUCUUCUUCGACCCCUCUAAGAGUAGUUUUUGAUGGGUCCUGUCGGAGCACCGAUAAUAAUAUAUCGCUCAACGACAUAUUGUUGACCGGGCCAAAUCUGUAUCGCGACAUUUCGGCGAUCAUUUUAAAUUUUCGUCUUUUUAAUUACUGCCUUGUGUGCGAUGUAUGUAAAAUGUACCGAGCGAUAAGACUAAAGGAAUCCGAUCGUGGCUAUCAGCACAUAUUAUAUCGUUCAUCUCCCACUGAAGCGAUUAAAUUAUACGAAUUAAAAACCGUUACCUACGGACUGAGUUGUUCACCGUUUUUAGCUAUCCGUACCUUAAUUCAAUUAGCGCAAGAUGAAGAGGAGCGUUUCCCGUUAGCAGCUCAGGUAAUUCGAGAAGGAGUUUACAUGGAUGACAUUCUAUAUUCUUGUAAUACGUACGUAGAGGCCUGCACGAUGCAGGACCAACUGAUCGGUAUAUUUGAAAGCGGACAGUUUUUAUUAAAAAAGUGGACGAGUAACAACGUGGAAUUACUUGAGCGCGUUCCCACUGAUCACAGGGAAUGCCCCGUGACCUUUAUAAAAGAUGGAAACGAAUGCACUGUUAAGGUGCUAGGCUUGACUUGGGUACCUCUGUCUGAUAACUUUGUUUUUUCUAUUUCCAAAACAGAUCCUGUAUUAACUAAACGGUCAGUCUUGAAACUCUUGGCAUCAAUUUAUGACCCGGUCGGUUUUAUCGCUCCAUGCACUUUCAUUGCAAAGUCAAUUAUGCAGGAGCUAUGGAAGCUAGGCCUCGGGUGGGACGACCCACUACCACGCGAAAUCGGUGAUCGCUGGGCAUCGUAUAUUGCGGAGUUACCACGUUUAGCUGAGAUACCUAUUGCGCGGCACAUGCUGUUGCCCGGACAGACGGAAUGUGAGUUAGUCGGGUUUUGCGAUGCGUCAUCGCGCGGGUACGCAGCCUGCUUAUACGUUAUCUCUAGAAAUGAACUAGGUAACGUUAAAGUCUGCUUAGUAGCGGCGAAAUCGAAGGUUGCCCCGGUUAAACCAUUGACGAUUCCUCGCUUAGAGCUCAUGGGAGCUGUUUUACUAAGUAAAUUAUUAAGAUUUAUUUGUGAUAAUAUAAAACGAGUUAAAAUUACCCGAAUCACAGCGUUAACUGACGCGACAAUCGUAUUGUCGUGGCUUCAUACAGAAGCCUAUAAAUUAAAAACAUUUGUUUGUAACCGUGUUACACAAAUUACCGAGGUCGUACCUUCUUAUAUGUGGCGGCAUGUUAACAGCGAGAAUAAUUUAGCGGACGUUUGUUCACGUGGAGUUUCACCGUCGCAGCUUGUGGCUGAAAGCUCGCGGUGGCUACAGGGCCCUGAUUGGUUAUACCAGCCCCCCACGGAAUGGCCUGUGUCUGUUUUUAUUCAGGACCACGAAUCGCAACCCCCUGAAUUAAAACUGUCACAGAAUUUAUUUGCCAAACAAGUUAUACUUGACCAACCGGAGACCAAAGCAGAAUUUUGUGAACGUUUGUUAAAUAGAUUUUCAUCAUAUACGAAAUUACAGAGAUCCAUCGCUUGGAUUCUUAGAUUUCGCAAUAGGAUACACGCACCUAUCCAGUCACGAUGCUUGAACACUGAGGAAUUAAAUGCAGCUCAAGAAGCACUGAUCCGUUUGGUACAAGAGUCUUACUUUACGGAUGAAAUAGAUCGUUUAUCUAAAAAUAUUACUUUUAUUCCGUCUCUUAAAAAACUAUCUCCUUUUCUUGAUGCAGGGGGCUUUCUCAGGGUAGGGGGUCGUAUCACCUAUUCGGAAUUGCCUUACAAUUCUAAACAUCCACGUCUUUUACCGAAAGAUAGUUUGUUUACUAGAUUAUUAAUUGAAUAUUAUCAUAAAAAAUAUUUACAUGUAGGGCCGCGCACGCUUCAAAGUAUAUUAUCAGAACAAUAUUGGAUAUUAUCCGCUCGUAGCAUUAUUAGAUCUGUCUUAUCUAAAUGCAAGGUUUGUUUUAAAAAUAAACCGCCUCUUUUGCAACCAGAGAUGGCGCCACUGCCACCGACUCGGCUGCUCCCUCAUAAAGUAUUUGAGCAUGUAGGGGUAGACCUUGGCGGCCCAUUUUUUGUUAAAGAGGGCUUGCGCAGAAAUGCAAGGGUUUCCAAGUCUUACCUAGCCUUAUUCAUUUGCUUUUCUACCAAAGCCGUUCAUUUAGAACUCCUAUCUUCGUUGACGGCCGAUUGUUUCCUAGGAUGCCUUGACAGGAUGGUAUCUAGAAAAGGACUAUGUCAGACCCUGUACUCUGAUCAGGGAACUAAUUUUAUUGCAGCCAGUAAGCAUUUAACAGAAGUACAGAGAUUUCUACGCGAUAGCGAGGCUAUUCUGGAUGGUUGUGCUCAACGGCAAAUUUCGUGGAAAUUCAAUGUACCUAGCGCACCCCAUAUGGGAGGUCUUUGGGAAGCGGGAAUCAAAGCUGCUAAAUACCAUUUAGUACGCUGUGUAGGAGACAGGUCUUUGACAUUCGAAGAGCUGUCAACGGUUUUCUGCAAAGUCGAAGCUAUCUUAAACUCUCGACCAUUGUGUCCAUUACCAGCUAGCGAUAAUCCGGACGAAUUUAACGUAUUAACUGCGGGACAUUUUCUUAUUGGAAAAGGUCUAACGGCCGUGCCGGAAUAUAACCUGGAAGAAGUUCCGGUCAGUAGACUGUCUCGUUGGCAGUAUAUUCAGAAAAGUUCCCAAUUAUUCUGGAAACGCUGGAGUCGCGAAUACUUAAACACUUUGCAACAAAGAGCAAAAUGGUUCACAUCUAAGGGUAACCUUAAUGUGGGCGAUUUAGUUCUUAUUAAAACGGAUAAUGCCCCGCCAUGUCAUUGGCCCUUGGGUAGAAUAGAAGUAUUACACCCAGGCGCCGAUGGUAUUGUUCGUUGCGUUACGUUACGCACUCAAAAGAGCAGGUUACAAAGACCUGUGAACAAAUUAAGCCCUUUACCUUAUGUUGAUUAA